AUGGCCGGCCGAAGUAAACAGGCUACCGUUCCGGCAACACCGCGCGUCACCUCGCCGAGCCCGGUGCCGGAUGCCGAUGCCAUCAGCAGAGACUCGACGUACAACGGCCCGAUGACCAGGUCGGCCGCUCGCAGGCGACAGGCUGCUGCCCUCGCGCCCUCACAAUCUUUCGAACCGAGUCUCGAGGAUCUCGACUCGACGUCGGACGAGGCCCCAGAUUUUCGGCGCAUGACUCGCAGUCGCAGUCGCAGUCGCAGUCCCGUCAAGCCGCGCAAGACAACAACAUCGCGCAAGGCCACGACCGCGACAAACGGUCAUGCCACUGCAGCUCCGGCCCCUACGCUCAGUGCGCCCGUGAACGGGUCGGCGUCGAAGGCGACUGAUAACGAGGCGAUCGAGAAGACAAAUGGACACUUGUCCCCUCCAACCCCCAAAACCACAACUCUCAGCCGCAGCCCGAGCCCGCUCGGCGUGAUACCCAUCCACACGCGAUGGCGCAACUUUGUGCACAAGCACGAAGUCCCGCGCAAGGCGCUGCACGUCUCGAUCGGCUUCUUCGUCGUCUGGCUGUACCUGACCGGCACCCAGACCUACAACGUGUGCCCCUACCUGAUGACGGCCCUGAUCCCCAUCGCAGCCGUUGAUGUAGUCCGGCACCACUAUGCGCCCUUCAACCGCCUCUACGUCCGCGUCCUGGGCCUGCUCAUGCGCGAAAGCGAGUUCGCCGGCUACAACGGCGUCAUCUUCUACCUUCUUGGCGCCUGGGCCGUGCUCUACUUCUUCCCCAAGGAUGUUGGCGUCAUGGGCACUCUGCUCCUGAGCUGGUGCGACACGGCUGCCAGCACUUUCGGCCGCCUCUACGGCCGCUACACGCCUAGCAUCCGCCGCGGCAAGUCGCUUGCCGGCUCCCUCGCCGCGUUCUUGGUGGGCGUUGGCACGUCGGCGUUCUUUUGGGGCUGGCUGGCCCCAACUAAGGGACCCCAGCCUGGUGAUGAGACGUUCAUGUUUACUGGUGCCCUGAGCCUGCCUCGUGUGGUCGCCGGUCUGAUUGGGCUUGUGCCCGAGCAGGCGACUGUGUCGGGCGCGAUGGCGCUGGGCAUUAUGAGUGUUUGGUCGGGCUUCGUGGCUGCAGCUAGUGAGGUGGUGGAUCUGUUUGGGUGGGAUGACAAUCUGACGAUACCUGUGCUGAGCGGUCUGGGAAUCUGGGGGUUCUUGAAGAUUUUUGGUUAA